AUGGAAAUAAGAAAUCUAACAGUCAUCAAGGAAUUCAUUUUUCUUGGACUUUCUGGAUCAGCAGAGCAGCAAUAUUUCUUAUCUGUGCUAUUUCUCUGUAUGUAUUUAAUGACUAUAUCAGGCAACAUGCUCAUUAUUUUGGUUGUUGGCUUUGAUUCUCACCUCCACUUAUUCAUGUAUUUCUUCCUUAGUAACUUGGCCUUUGUUGACAUCUGUUUUUCCUCUACUACUAUCCCCCAAAUGAUAGUGAACCUCUUGACUAAUAAACGGACUAUUGCUUUUGUACGGUGUCUCAGCCAGCUUUUCUUCGUCAUUUAUUUUGUGAAUAUGGACAGCCUUCUUCUCUGUGUAAUGGCAUAUGAUAGAUAUGUGGCAAUUUGCCACCCUUUACAUUAUACUGCCAUUAUGAAUCCUCGCCUUUGUGUCUGGCUAGUGGCUGGGCUCUGGCUUGUCACCUAUCUCCAUGCCCUUUUACACACUGUCUUAAUGGUGCAUCUGUCCUUCUGUGCUUCCAAUAUCAUCCACCAAUUCUUCUGUGAUCUCAAUCCUCUCCUGAAGCUCUCUUGCUCUGAUAUAUCCGUCAAUGUGAUGGUUAUUUUUACAGUAGGAAGUCUACUUGCUCUCAUUCCUCUUAUCUCCAUCCUCAUAUAUUAUGGACUGAUAUUCUCCACCAUCCUGCAGAUCACAUCUACUCAGGGGAAACAGAGAGCUUUUCCCACCUGUAGCUGCCACAUGUAAGUGGUGGUGGUGUUCUAUGACACAGCAAGUGCUGUCUAUUUCAGCCCCUCCUCAUCCUUUAUCCCUAAAAGUGACACCCUAUUAACCCUUAUGUAUACACUGGUGACUCCAAUGCUGAAUCCUUUCGUCUACAGUCUAAGGAACAGCAAUAUGAAGAAAGCACUUCAGAAAAUGCUUUGCAAAAGUGCACACUUUCAACAGUAA